GCUGAUAAUGCCGUGAUUCUUUCUGCCUUUCUGCAUUUUGUUGUUGGAUUCAAGCACACAGCGGAGACCGGUUGGACUGAGUGGAUGUUUGAACCACAAAUCACCGUGGAAACGUUUUAACAGACAACAGGACUCUUCGUGCCGCGGCGAUCACACCUGCGCGCCGCUCCUCCGGCCGAUGAAGCGCUGUCAUGCGUGGCGGCUGUUGGAGUUCCUUGGACAUAUUUUAGCUGUCAAAAUGAUCCACAUGUGGAUUUCCCAUUAAAAAAAUCUCUUUUUUUUGCCGUCAACAUGUCGUAUCCAAUUGGACCAGCGAGCCCCGAGCCCGUUGGUAGCAUGACCCCCGGCGAGCCGGUGGCGCCGAGCAUGAGGCCCCGGGUGAUGGGCGUGAUCCUGAGCAUCGCCUCCUGCCUCAUCAUCUCCACCAACCUGCUGGUGGCGGCCGCCCUGUUUAAGCUGCUCCGGAAAAAGAGGAGCCAGAGCUGGUGCUUCGUCCUCAACUUGGCGCUGGCCGACGCCAUGGUGGGGGUCGCCAUCACCGGCCUGGCCACCGAGGACUUCGGCGGCAACGACGGCGGCCAGAACCAGUGGGGCCUCGGCGCCGGCGAUCCGCCCACAGACGCCACGCCGCCCGCCCAGGGAAAGACCCGCUGCUUGCUGCGGAUGGCCUUCGUGAUGUCGCCCUGCACGGCGUCCAUCAUGUCCAUGUUCUUGAUCUCGCUCGACCGCUAUGCCGCCAUCAAGAUGCCGCUGCGGUACUCGCGGCUGUCCGGGAAGGGGUCAGCGGUCGGGUCGCUGCUGGCGCUGUGGGUCAGCUCCCUCACGAUGGGAUUCCUGCCAGCGAUGGUCCGGCAGCUUCAGUCCGACGGCUACGCCGGCAUCUGUGCCUUCUUCUCCGUCAUCCAGCAGGUGGGCAUGAUUGUGCUGUUCAGCACCUGCUUCUUCCCCGUGCUCUCCGUGUUCCUCUACAUCUACCUGGACAUCCUGAAGAUCGCCUGCGGCCACCAGAAGCAGAUCUGCCAAGUCAGGCAAGCUGGCUCCAGGACGGACAACCAUCGACACUGUGAGCACCACCACCACCACCACCAUUUAAGGAGCCAUUACUGGAGCCACGUGAAGGCCCUGAGGACGGUGGGGUUGCUGGUGGGCUGCUUCUUGGUCCUGUGGUGCCCCUUCUUCGUGGUGUGCAUAGUGCACCUCUUGUGCGAGAGCUGCAAACUCACCGGCUUGUUGGAGAAUCACCUGUGGCUGUUGGGGCUGUCCAACUCCCUCAUCAACCCCUUGGUGUACGCCUUCUGGCAGAGGGAGGUGCGGCUGCAGUUGGCGGCCAUGUUUUCCUGCCCUCAAGCCGGGUACCCGGCCGCCGGACCGCCGGGGAGUUUUGACCGGCAGCCGCCCGCGGAGGUCGGAGCCGGUGCUUCCGUCGGAGAAACCCUCAACCCGUCGUUGUUAAGGCCAAUCAUCGGCAACAGCAGCGCGCACACUUUGCCGUCUUCUGCCACCAGCAGCUUGUGAAAGAAACCAGAGAAGCAGGGAUGACAGAAAGACGGGGAUACAAAUUUUAUCAAUGGAAAAUUUAAAUUACAGGUCUGUACUUUACGCUGCAUAUGAUUCAGGUAUCGUCUGACCUGAUUGAAUUCAUUCCUUAAGGUCUCACCGAAAUCACACCUCUAACAAAGUAAACUCUAGUUUUAUUACGAUCUAUUUCCAUGAUUUCAGGACUAAUCAGGCUCAGUACUUCUUGUUCUGAAGAGUGACGCCGAUGCUUCGUGUCUUAACCCUUCAUUCUCAGUCCUUUAGGGGUCAAACCCGCUGGUCCUAGAAGUCUAUGAGAGAAUUACUUCUCUCUUGAUUUGUUUCCACAGUAAACGUUGUAAACAUGCGUUUAUGGUCUCAAUCUCUAUUCCAAUACAGCUGGAUGUUCAUUGAGUAAAUUACGGUCCAUUAAGAGUCCAACAGACCAUACAGCAGAGGAUGUUCUAAAACGUUCCUGAAGCCCACCCUGCUUUAUGCUCUGUUUGACCCUAGAUGGACCAAAGAUCUCAAAAUGAACAUCAAGCUGUACUGAAGAAGGCUUGAAACUGGAUAUUGAAAGCAUCAAGUUUUCAGUCUGAUGACCUGCAGAUAUUUGCAGAGGACUCUGUGCUGGCUGAGAGAGAAAAAACAAAACCUAAAGUCUUAAAUAAAAUGUCCGCAGAAUCAA